AUGGACCAACAGCAUUCCCAAGUCCGCGGGCGCUCGCCCUCGGCCGCGUCGAAUGGCGGGGGUAUAAGGAAUGCCCCCUCGCCGUCGCCCGUCCGAUUUCCCAACCCGAACGAACCCGGAUCCUCCUCAUCUAUCGGUCUCGGUUCUGCCCCGCAGCCCUUCUCACAACCCGACUUGUCGGACCCCACCAACGUGCCCGCCUUUGAUCUGCCUCAGGACUUCGACGCCACGAGCCCGGGCAGCUUCACGUCGCAGUCGCAAUCCCAAUCGCAGACGCAGUCCCAAUCGCAGCAGCAGCAGCAGCAGCUUUCUCCGGGUUUUGGAGACGGCGACUUCACCAUCUUCCCGCCGACCUCGGGCGAGCCCCAAUUCAACACCCCCCUAUUUGCCAGCGACGGCCAGCAGCAGCAACAGCAGCUGUCCGUCCAUGAGCCCACCAUGAUGGCUCAAGCGAACCACACAACCACCCCUCCCCACCUCCUCAACCCGGAUGCGCAGCAGCCCGGUUCUGCGAACCACUCGCCCCGCUUCAACCAGCACCAGUUCUCCUCACCCCCGGGGCGACACUCCAGGAAUGUGUCCCUCGGCCCAGAGGCGGCCCUGCUCCCAGGACAGCUGGAUUGGACUCAGGCGGGGCCGCAGUUCCAGGGCCAUAGACGGACGGCUUCCGAGUACUCGGACGUCUCGUCUGCCGCGCCGUCCCCCAACCUCGCUAGCGCCGACUCCUUUGACAAUUUCGACAGCCACUCGCCCAUGCAGCGGCCACAGGACGCUGGACUAUACCACGAGCUCCAUGGAAUCGGGAGCUUCAGCAUCUCCGAUACGGGGGCGCACAGCCCAAACCAUGGGCCCGCUAGGAGCCCAUCCCAUAGUCCGGCGAUCUCUCCGCGUAUUCUACCCCAGCAGCUCCCUGAUAUGAAUCAGCAAAACAGCUUCCUGCUGCCAAAUCAAAAUAACGGGUAUGCUCCGUCACCGUACCUGCAAGCACCCGGGGAAGCGUUCCCAACGCUCCAGCAGGACGCCCCAGAGGUUCAGUCCGGCAUGCCGGCCCCGCCAUCUAUCAACAUCGACUUUGCGCCGACGGCGAUACGGAGCGGGUUCGAGGAUCAAAAGAGCCUCGAUGUCGAUUCACUAACCCCGCCGGAGCGAGGACGUCAAAGAGCACAACGGCCCCGUGCUGUCACCGACCCUUACAACAACAGUGGGGCUCUCCUCAAUGUCCAACGCAGCGUGUCGGCGUCGGGCGGCCUGUCCCCAGACGCCGCAGCGGGUGCCCGGCUCGAGGCUUCCCGCUCCCUUUCUCCGCUUGACCGUGCCGGUAGCACGGCAGCGAGUCGACGGCGGCAGUCCACCUCGUCCGUCCCGAACAACGUCAUGGCGCUCCGCCUCGCCGACCCGGAAUACACCGGCGGCGCCCAGGGCGAGAACGGCGCAGGUGGGGCAAAACGGGUGCAAAAGCACCCGGCCACCUUCCAGUGCACCCUGUGUCCCAAGCGGUUCACACGGGCGUACAAUCUCCGGUCGCAUCUCCGUACCCACACCGACGAGCGCCCCUUUGUUUGCACUGUCUGCGGGAAAGCCUUCGCGCGACAGCACGACCGUAAGCGCCAUGAGGGGUUACACUCGGGUGAGAAGAAAUUCGUCUGUAAGGGAGACCUCAAGCGCGGUGGGCAGUGGGGCUGCGGCCGGCGCUUUGCUCGCGCCGAUGCACUUGGCCGCCACUUCCGCUCUGAGGCCGGCCGCAUCUGCAUCAAGCCGUUACUCGACGAAGAGAUUGCCGAGCGCAUGCGCCAAUGGGAGGAAGGCCAGCGCCAACAGGCCCAGCAAGCCAUGGCUCAGGGCAUGGUGAUGCAGCAUCAGCAGCCGCCGCAGGGCUUGAUGAUGCCGCCCGGGAUGGACCCCAACGCCGGAGGCUACCCGAUGGAUGCCAGCGGGAAUUAUGCUUUGCCGCAGGCCCUCUUGGCGCAGUAUCCAGCUCUAGCCCAGAUGAAUUGGUCGGCGCCGGAUAUGGGUGGCGGUGGCAGCGGUAUUGAAGACGAGUUGAGCGGCAGGAGUAGUUUUGAUGCCAGCGACUAUGAUGAUGCUGAUGAUGGCGGCUAUGUUAGUGGGCCCGGGACGGGCUUUGGGCCGGGGGGAAUGCAAGAAGGGUAUGGGGAGAUCGGGUAUGCCAGUGACUAUGGAGGUCGCUAA